AUGUUUAAACAGUUAUCGCAGAUCGGUAAGAAUCUUACUGAUGAAAUUUCAAAGGGUUUAAAUGAUGAUUUCAACACUUCGCAAGAACAAUUGGUUGAUGACAACAGUGGUUUGCCAAAAGAAGUUCAGUUAAAAUUACGUAAAUUUGAAAAGUAUGAGCAAAAAUAUCCAUUAUUGUUGGCUGCUUAUAAAAAUGAAAAGGUUAAAAUAGAAAAAUUUAGUGAAAUUGAAAAGGUUUUGAUGGAAAAUACACCAGUAUCUGAUGUCGAUGAUAUUGACUCAUUAUCUUCCUUCUUUACGAAUAUGAAUGAAAAAACUUCGAUGUUGAAUGACGAAAUUAAAAGAUUGACUUCAUUGAAUUCGGAAUUAAAAACAAAGAAACAAGAAGAAUCGGAGGAUAAAUCUGAAAUAACUACAAUUGAUGACUUCAAAGAAAAGGAAGAAAAUUAUAAAAAGAAGAUACAAGAAUUAACUGAAAGCAUAAAUUCAGGAUUUUCUGAAGUGAACAAUGAUAACGGAUUAAAAGAAAAACAUAAAAAAGAUAUUGAUCACCUAACUAAUAAGAUAAAAGAGCUUGAAGGCAAUCUAUCAGUCCAUAUUAAAGAUAACGAAACUUUAAAAUCCGAGAUAAAGGAUAAAACAGAGAAAUUCAUUGAAUUGGAAACUAAAUCUAUUGAGGAUAAGCAAAAAGUUGAACUUUUAGAGAAGGAAUUGACUAAAAGUGAAGGAAAGGUAAAUGAAUUAAAUGCAGAAGUUAAAAACCAAUUGGAUUUAAUUAAAAUGUUAGAAGAAAAGUCAAAUACUAAAGAUAAGUUAAUUUUGGAAUUAGAAUCCGAAGUGAAAGAUAAGACAGAUGAUGUUUUAAAAUUAAAAGCCACUAUAGAAGGAAAAGAUGAAAGACUUUCGUCUCUGGAAGAAGAAAUGACUGCCAAGUCGGAAAAAAUAAAUAAAUUAGAACACGACCUUGAAAAAAAUUCUAAUAUUGGAAAGUUAGUUGAAGAAACUACAAAUGAGACAAAUAUACCAACUAAUAAUGUUCAAUCAACUGGCGGUGGAAAGAAGAAAAAUAAAAAGAAUAAGAAGAAGAUUUCCAAUAACAAUAAUGCCGCAAAUAGUAAUGAUGAUUCUUUGCAAAUUAUUUCACCUUCAGUUGAAUCAGGUCUAGAUGCUAAUUCAUCGAAAUUUACAUCAGAAAAAUAUAAUGAUUUAUUGAAAGAAUAUAAUGAAUUUAAAGAAAAACAUACUGAAUGUGAUAAAUUAAAGUUUGAAUACGAAACUGAAAAGGAAAAAUACGAAACUGAAACUACUAAUAAUAUCAAAGAUUUAGAAGUUGUAAAGAAGGAAUUGGAUUCUGCUAAGGAAGCGUUAUCGGUUUCUAAUUCUUCUUUAAAACAAAAAUCAACCGAGUUAGAAGAAGUCAAAGAUAUGUUACGUGAUGUGGGAAAUGAACUUGUUGAAGCAAAAGAUCAAUUGAAACAGGCAGGUUCCAAGCAAGGCGAAGAAAUCGAAAUUUUAAAGAAAGAUUUGAUGAAGUUAACUUCAGAAAAAGAAAAGUUACAGGCUGAAUUUGAAUCUAAGCAAAAGGAAUUGAAUAUAUCUAUUGACUCACUAACUAAAAAUGUUAGCGAAUUAAAGAAAUCUUUGGAUGCAGCUGAAACACAAAAAAAUAAGCUACAACAAGACGUAUUGAAAUCAAAUGAAUCACUUUCAAAAUUGAAAAACGAUAAUAAUAGUUUAUCUUCACAAGUCAGAGAGUUAACUCUGUUAAAGAAGUCAGAGGCAAAUUUAAAAACGAAUGUGAACCAAAAAGAAAAAACCAUUGCAUAUCUAGAAGAUCAAGUCAAAAAAUACAAUGAACAAUCAAAUUCUAAUAAGACCUCGCUGGAUAUUAUGCAAAAAGAAACAGAACAAUUAAAGAAUAAGAUUGACUUGAUGAAAAAACAAAACAAUGAACUCCAGAUUAGUGCUACUAAAAACAAUGAUUCUUUUGAAAGUUAUAUAAAAGAAAAUGGUAAACUUUCUGAGAGGCUAUCAGUAUUGCAAGAAAAAUAUGAUACAUUACAAAGCUUAAAGAGUAAUUCAAAUGAUCAAGUGGAAUCUAUUCAAAGGCAAUGUGAAGAGCUUACCGUGAAAUUGAAGGAAGCGAAUAAGAGAAUCUUGUCGUUAGAAGAUGAAUUGAGUGAAUAUGCAAAUGCAAUCCAAGAAAAAACAAGAGAGGCGUCAACUAUGCGUAGGUUAAUUUCAGAUUCUCAAAAUGAUGAUACAACUAAAUUAAAAGAAUUAAGAGAUAAAGUUUCAUAUUUGAAUGAUGAAAAGGGUAAAUUAGAAUCUGAAAUAGCAUUGCAGGCUUCUAGAAAUAACAGGGAUGUUCAAGAUUUAAAGAGGGCUAAUGCGGAAUUAAGUUCAGAGAUUCAUACGUUAAAGUUACGGGAAAGACAAUUAAUUGAUGAAGUUGAAACUUUAAAUUCAAUGAAUGCUAAGAUGAAACGUAAGACUAGUCAAGAUGAUGAUGACACUGGGGAGUUAGAAAAAUUGAAUUCUAACCUGAAGGAAGCGUUGGCAAAUUCGGACAAAAAGAUUCGUGAUUUAAUUGAAUCAAAUGACAACUUAAUGAAAUUGAAUAAAGAAUUGAAUCAAAAAUUUGAUAGAAUUUCAAAGAAUUACAGAACUUUAUCCAAUCAACUUAACUCGUUAAGAGAAGAAAAGAUAAGUAAUUCUACUAGAUCUAGUAGAUCCAGUUCGGUUAUUUCAAUGUCUAAUAAUAGUAGCAGUAACGUUAAUAAUGCCGCUUUGAAUCAAUCUCAAUCAUUCUUAUCGGUUAGUAAUAAGCCAAUACAGAGAUCUAGUACACCAGUGGAAACACAAUCUGAAUUAAACGAUAAAAUUGCAUAUAUCAAAAAUGUUUUGCUUGGAUUUUUAGAGCAUCGGGAACAGAGGGUUCAAUUAUUGCCGGUUAUAUCUACGUUAUUGCAACUUGAUAGCAAUGAUGAGAAGAGAUUGAUUAUGUCUAUAAAAUGA